AUGUAUUGGACGGGAGAUGCCGUUCUAGUGGCAUUAAUAAUACUCGGAAACUCGAUGACCAUCCUCGCAGGGAGGCUGAACCGUAUACUGUUCAAAAUCACCUCCAAUCACCUCAUAUUCAGCCUCGCCAUUUCAGAUCUGUGCGUAGGUUUUGCGGUGUCCUACGAUCUCGUCUUUUUCUUCUACCCAUCUCUCGACCACUACAAAUUCUCGUGUUUACUCAGGUUUGUGUUUAUUUCUGGUGCUUGUACCGCGAGUUUCUUCAACAUCACAGCAAUAGCCAUCGAUCGCUACGUAUCGAUCGUCCAUCCGCUCGAGUAUCCCACGUACAUUACCAAAAAAUUGAUAAAUGUGGUGGUAAUUGUCAACUGGUGCGCAGCUAUUUUCAUUUCCACGAUUCCUCUUUACUGGAACACGUAUCAGUCGACAAAAAAAUGCAAGCUUCUCAAUUUCAUCCCCAGGUACUAUUUGAACGUUAUUUUAAUACCAAUGUUUUUGAUAGUCUGGAUAAGUAUGUUUGUAUUUUAUUGGAAAAUUUGGAGAGAAGUGAGAGCGCACUUUCAAAGACUGAAUGAGCUUGGAUUCAACGGACAUUGCAACUACAACAAGAGCAAUCAGGUCGUGCUUUCCAUCUUGGGCUGUUUCACGAUUUGCUGGCUACCCUACGUCAUCAUUUCCUGUAUACGAUUUUCGAAACUACCGUACGAGCCUGAUCGAAUCACUCUACACGUGGCGUACUGCAUAGCAAUGUUAAACAGCGGUAUAAACCCAUUGAUCUACGCCUGGAACAACCUGACGUUUCGUAAAGCCCUUUGUCACUUGAUGAGUUUGAACUCCCCAUGGCCCAGUGAAUAUUUUUUAAAUUUUCAAGGUCUGAGGCAUCUAGUCUACGAGGAUAUUAUCAAGUCAAAUAUCGCCUUGGCAGAUCAGUAG